AUGCUGUGGACUGUUCCCCUAGCUCUGCUGGUUCUCCUCCUACUGCAGACCCAGCUAUGUGUCUGUCUACGGGGGCUCCGAGCAGCCGGCUCUUCCUCCUCUCGCUCUCGUAAUGCCACCCAGCAGGGCCUACCUGGAGCCAUCAUCAUCGGCGUGCGUAAAGGUGGCACCAGGGCCCUUCUAGAGAUGCUCAACCUCCAUCCGGACGUAGAGGUUGCCAAAGCUGAGGUGCACUACUUCAACGUGGAAGAGCACUUCCGGCGGGGUCUGGCGUGGUACCGUGCCCAGAUGCCCUUCACCCUGCCUGGACAGCUGACGGUGGAGAAGACCCCUGGAUACUUUGCCUGUCCCCAGGUCCCAGUGCGGGUCUGGGAGAUGAAUCCUGCUGUACGACUACUGCUGAUAGUCCGUGACCCCGCCGAGCGCCUCGUCUCCGACUAUACCCAGGUCCUUCAUAACCGUGUGACCCGCAACAAGCCCUACCAGCCUCUAGAGGAGUUGCUGCUCCGGCAGGGCCACAUCGACCCGGCCUACAAGGCUCUGCAGAGGAGUCUGUACCACCAGCACCUGGCCCGCUGGCUGGAUGUGUUCCCCAGGGAGCAGGUCCAUGUGGUGGAUGGAGAGGCCCUCAUCAGACACCCCUUCCCGGAGCUCCGCAGGGCCGAGAGAUUCCUGGACCUUCCCCCGCGCAUUGCUCCCUCCAACUUCUACUUUAACACCACUAAGGGGUUCUACUGCCUCCUCUCUGCCGGGGGACAUGACAAGUGUCUGGAUGAGUCCAAGGGGAGGCCCCACGCUCCUCUCAGCUCACAGGCCUUCAGGAAGCUGUGUGGAUACUUCAGAGAACCCAACAGGCUGUUCUUUGAGAUGGUGGGGCGCUCCUUCAGCUGGUGUUGAACUGAUUGGGACAGAGCACAGAGAGAGGAGAUAGAGAGGGGACAUUGGAGAUAUUGGCCCAUAAUAACAAUAUUUGUCCAAAAUGUUACCUUAUUUUAUCAGUGUGAUAAUUCUGUCGGCUUGCUUGGUUGAUUGAUGGUCCUGUGAGGCUCAGUUGGUAGAGCAUGAUG